AUGUCAUGUGUUUAGUGUAAGCAGUCUAGGAAUGUACAAAAAGCGGUACGAAGAUCUUGAAAAUUAUACCUUCGAUUUGUUCCGAAAGUGAAACAACUAACUCGAAAAAAUGAAGUUUUUACUCGUUCUCGUGGCAACCGUUGCGUAUGCAACAGCAGCUCCUGCCUGCAAAGGAAAAAUUUCAGAUGGUUUCUGUUAUUUCAUUGGUAAAAUGGCGCGAGGUGGUGCUCUGGUAGAACAGGCUGAAAGCAACUGUGAGCAAGAGGGAGCAACACUUGGUCAAUUCAGAAGCUUGAAGGCAUACAGUCAGGUUCACGAUUUCCUGCUUGCCAGUGCACCUGGAACAAUGAUCCUUACAGGAAUGUCAUACGAUCAAAAGUUAAACAAAAAGGUCCCCCUAUUGGCGGAUGGUGAACCAAUUUCCUACAAGCCUAAGUGGUUCGAAGGUCAUCCCAUCAAAGAAAACAAACACGGAGAAAUGGUUUUUAUGGCUAACAGAAACGACAAGUUCAAUGGAAUGAUGAAUGCUCAAGAUGGCAGCCGUUACAGCGUGUACCUGUGCGAAAAAAAAAUGAAGGAAGAUCUCUAAACAUACUAUAACUUUACAUCGAUUUCCCAUUUUUAAUUUAUGUUAUAAUAUCAAUUGCCUCAAAAAUUUCAUAAAUGUUUGUGCAAAAUAAACAUCACGCUUGACAAACACUUGG